GACCAAGCUGCCGCGGAAGAUGGCGGCUGAGGCGCUGAAUGGAGGGGAGGCGCCGGUCUGCGACUCCGACCGGAGUGAUGCCAUCUGCAAUUUUGUCAUUUGCAAUGACUCUCCCCUUCGAGGCCAGCCUAUUAUCUUCAAUCCUGACUUUUUUGUGGAGAAACUCCGACAUGAGAAACCAGAGGUGUUCACUGAGUUGGUGGUCAGCAAUAUCACAAGACUUGUUGAUUUGCCUGGAACUGAGUUGGCUCAGCUGAUGGGUGAAGUGGACCUUAAGUUGCCUGGUGGGGCCGGCCCAGCAUCAGGAUUCUUCAGGUCUCUAAUGUCUCUCAAGAGGAAGGAAAAAGGAGUGGUGUUUGGAUCUCCAUUGACGGAGGAAGGCAUUGCUCAGAUAUAUCAGCUGAUUGAAUAUCUGCACAAAAACUUGCGAGUAGAGGGCUUGUUUAGAGUACCAGGCAACAGUGUCCGACAGCAGCUUUUGAGGGAUGCUCUCAAUAAUGGGACCGAUAUCGAUUUGGAUUCAGGAUAGUUUCACUCAAACGAUGUAGCCACACUGCUGAAGAUGUUUCUAGGAGAGUUACCAGAGCCCCUGCUGACCCAUAAACAUUUUCAUGUACACCUCAAAAUUGCUGAUCUGAUGCAGUUUGAUGAUAAAGGAAAUAAGACUAACAUACCAGACAAGGAGCGGCAGAUUGAGGCCCUGCAGCUGCUCUUCCUAAUCCUCCCUCCAGCCAAUCGGAACUUGCUAAAGUUACUGCUUGAUCUCCUGUAUCAAACAGCGAAGAAGCAAGACAAGAAUAAGAUGUCUGCCCAUAACCUUGCUCUUAUGUUUGCGCCCCAUGUCCUGUGGCCCAAAAAUGUCACUGCAAAUGACCUUCAGGAGAAUAUCACGAAGUUAAACACGGGGAUGGCUUUUAUGAUCAAACACUCUCAGAAACUUUUUAAGGCCCCUGCUUAUAUUCGGGAAUGUGCCAGAUUGUACUAUUUGGGCUCCAGAACUCAAGUGUCGAAGGAUGAUCUUGAUCUGACAACCUCAUGCCAUGCCAUGUCCUUCCAACGGGCAAGACCUCAGAAACAGAACAGGGUAGAUUCCUAUUCUCAGCAGGAGGAGACCCAGCAACACACAGAAGAGGCGCUGAGAGAACUCUUCCAACAUGUUCAUAACUUGCCCGACUCAGCGAAGAAGAAACAACUUAUCAGACAGUUCCAUAAGCAGUCUUUGACUCAAACACCAGGGAGAGAACCUUCUACCCCCAGGGUCCAGAAGAGAGCCCGCUCACGCUCCUUCAGUGGGCUUAUCAAGCGCAAAGUCCUGGGCAGUCAGAUGACUUCAGAAAAGAAAAACAGUUCCCCUGCUCCAGAGUCUGUGUCCAUGGAGGAACUGAAGAAAGCCAGCAAAGAGAAUAUGAACCUGUUCUUCUCUGGCUCUCCAGCUGUCACAGUGACACCAAUGAGAUUGAAAUGGUCUGAGGCGAAGAGAGAGGGGAAAAAAGGAUUCUUUUGAAGGAUCUACUGACUACUUCUGUCCUCCACAGUGAAGUUUCUCUUUAGUGGGACAAGUGUUAUUUCUGUUCUCAGUGAAGUUUGGACCUGCAGCUUGCUUGCUGCCUUAUGAAAGCCAACUUAAACCCUGACCCGACUGAUACCUCUAACCCACUCACUGGAUGUCUCUGGAGCUGUGCCUCGAGAGAGUGCUGCACUCUGUGUUUGUCUUUAACCGCAGAAAGCCACUGCCUGCCUGCCCAGCGUACACAGUGCAACAGAAGCUGUGAUCCAGUGCAGAAGAAACUUGAGGAAAGCAUAACCUUCUGUGUCUUGUAAUAUGUGGCUGUUCUAACCUGUGGUAUCUUCUGGGAAACUCACAAACUCCAUCGCUGUCUCCGAAGGCUGCUGUUGCCCUUCUGACAACGUGUACAGUUGCUGGUUUGAGCCAGUGUUUAACCACUGUUUUUAACCUUUCGUUUGUUUGUUUGCGACAGAGGUUUCUCUGUGUAGGUGAAACUCGCUCUGUAGAUCAGGGUGGCCUUGAAUUCAGUUUUCCUGCCUUUGCCUCCCCAGGGUUGGGAUUAAAGGCGUGAGUGGCCACUGCCCAGCUGACCUGUGUCUUAAAGGAUAUUUAUGGUAUUUAUUUCCAUGUUGCAGCAGUCUCUUUGAAAGUACCUUUCUUUUCUUUCUGGGGCUAAUUGUCUUAGCUUUGUGUCAAAGUGUCGGGUGGUUAUUGCUGUCAGAGGGACCCAAGCAUGACGAUUCAGAUAUCUGAUUUGUAUCUGUACUGGGUAAGUGAACAGAGGCCGUGGGCCCUUUCUCUAACCUUUUCUCUAAUCACAGAAGUGGAUUUUCUCACUGAGAUAAGUGAUCAGGAUCAGGUUUGAACCCGCCCUUGCCUGUCCUGUCCCCUACUCCCCAUCACACAUGCACUGUGUAGGAACAGCUGGGAGACAGCAUUGGUUGUACCUAAAGCACAGCUGAUGGGUCCUGAGGGAACCCACAGUUGUCCCUCCACACAGAACGUUCUGUACUCUGAAGGUCCUCCUGGAAUCAGUCAGGACUGCUGAAGAAGCACCCCUGGGAGACGAGGCAGCACAGAUGCUGACAGGUUGUGUGCUGGGGUCUGUUCUCUGUGACAUCCUUUUCCCCUGGAAACGGCGUCACCCCUGCUCUACACCCUAAAGUCUUUAGACUGAAGUGAGGAUCCAGAUCUAAACCAACAGGACUGUCCUAGAAUUUGGAGAGGAUUUGGCUUCCUAAGAUGAAGCUUUUGAGUGACCUUAGUGUGUAGUGGGCUGAUGGCAGACUCCCUGUCAGAGCUGGCUUUACUAGACGGCUAAUGCUGGGAGCCGUGUGCUGUUGAUGGAGGUAGGCAGUGAGGAGAUGGAGGGUAAAUAAUAGCCUGAGUGCUUUGUCACCAUGGAAACUGGAGUUCGUGAGGCCACAGCCCACGCUGAAGAGCUUUUGAGCAUGGCCCUGACUUGCUCAGUCCAUGGGCUAUAGGGAAGGUGUUCCCUCACCCAAGGCCUUUCAGCAAGGCUUGCCUGUACACGGCACUCUGUGCUCCCUCGCUCCCUCACUUGACCCCAAAAGGUUUCUUAGGAGAAGGCUGUACCUAUUUGUUAUUUUUGAUUAUUUUGGAUAUAUAUAUAUUAUGUAACUAUAAAGAAACAGCCAUAUAUAUUGUCUUUUAUAUUCAUGUAAUAUUCUGAAAUUAAAUUUCUUCUGUUUCAUA